CGGCUGUUACAGGCUGGAAGUGAAAUUAAACAAACUGGAAUCACUCAGGAUUAAUAAGGAUCAGAAGAGGGAGAGCGGUCGCUGCCCACCUCCAUUCCGUAACACCAAUGGCGAUCUGAAUGAACCUUCCAGAAACAUCUGGAAGCUUCAACGAGGCCCUUCGGAACUCAUGGACCGGAUCCUCAAGUCCGCCAGGGAGUCGGGCUCCCUCAACCUCUCCAAUCGCUCCCUCAGGGAGAUACCCAACGAGGUGUACAGCAACUUGGACACGGGCAGCCAGGGUGAGAAAUGGUGGGAGAUCACACGUGCAAUUUUCAGGGAGUAGACCUCCAGAAGCUCAUAUUGGCUCACAAUAAUCUGGAAGUGUUAAGAGAAGACCUUAAGAAUUUGUCUUCUCUUGUUGUAUUAAAUAUAAGUCACAAUAAGAUAUCUUCCCUUCCAGCAGCUAUCGGGGACCUUCCAUUGCUAAAAUCACUGGAUGCAUCAUUCAAUCAAAUAAACACUCUGCCCGAAGAGAUUGGCCUGGCAAGUGCUUUAGUCAAAGUUGAUCUCUCAAAUAAUUGCCUUACUGAGCUCCCAGCUAGCCUUGCCAAGUGCAUGGACUUGUCAGAACUCAAGGCAUCAAAUAACAACAUAUCCAAAAUACCAGAUGCACUUGCUGGUUGUUCCAAGUUAAGUAAAUUGGAUCUGGAGGGCAAUAAGCUUGUGAUGCUUUCAGAAAACAUGUUUGUGUCAUGGACCAUGCUUACAGAGAUGAAUGUUGCAAAAAAUCUGCUUACAACCAUCCCAGAUAGUAUUGGAGCACUUUCAAAACUAAUUCGCUUGGACCUGCAUCAGAACAAAAUAACUUCGAUUCCUCCUUCCAUAAAGGGCUGCUCUUCUCUAGCCGAGUUGUAUAUGGGAAAUAACUUGUUGUCUUCAAUACCAGCUGAUAUUGGCACAGUGUCAAAAUUAGGAAUACUUGAUCUUCACUCUAAUCAGCUAAAGGAGUAUCCUGUCGGAGCUUGCAACCUGAAACUAUCUUUCCUCAAUCUGUCGAAUAACUCAUUAUCUGGUCUACCACCUGAAUUAGGUAAAAUGACCACCCUAAGAAAGCUUCUGCUUACUGGAAAUCCUAUGAGGACACUUAGGAGUUCAUUAGUUUCUGGACCAACAACAACGUUGUUGAAGUAUCUGCGCAGUCGACUUUCAUCUGACGAGGAAGCAUCAGGAUCUGGAAGCACUCCAUCAAAAGAUGACCAAAUUGCUGCAGCAAGGCGAUUGUCCUUAUCUUCAAAGCUGCUGAUAAUCUCAUAUCAGGAGUUAGACUUGAGCGGUCUUGGUGUGACCAGUGUACCACCUGCGGCAUGGGAGACAAGUGAUGUGGUGAAACUUGAUCUUUCUAAAAAUUCUAUAGAAGAUCUGCCAAAUGAGUUGUCAUUAUGCUCAGCACUUCAAUCUUUGGUUUUGUCUAAUAACAAGAUAAAACGGUGGCCUCACACGGUGGUCUCCUCCCUUCCCAGUCUGUCUUCCCUAAAGCUGGACAAUAAUCCCUUGUCUGGGAUAUCAUCCACUGAUUUUGUGUCUCUGUCCAAACUUGAAGUACUCGAUUUAAGUGGCAAUGUGUCUGCACUUCCUGAACCUUCUGCAAUUUCUUCAUUACCACAGCUGCAGGAGCUCUACCUGAGACGAAUGAAACUCCAUGAAUUUCCUAGUGGUUUGUUGGGCUUAAAACAGCUGCGGAUUCUUGACCUGAGUCAGAAUAACCUUACAACUGUACCAGAGGGUAUCAAGGAUUUCACUGCUCUCAUUGAGCUUUAUCUGUCGGACAACAAUAUAACAGCGCUCCCAGCAGAGCUGGGAUUGCUUGAGCCUAACCUGCAAGUGUUGAAACUUGAUGGAAAUCCGCUAAGAAGCAUAAGACGAACUCUGUUGGAGCGAGGAACAAAAGCAAUUCUGAAGUACCUCAAAGAAAAAUUGCCCACUGAGUGAUGGCAUGAGAACAAAUUGUUGUGGGAGUCGUGCAAUAAUAUGUUUCUUGGUCACUAUCUUUCUUUUUACCCUUUGAAAUUUUCCUGUGUGAAUUUUGUGGAACCUGGAUCUUGUGUGAGAACGUGGGUGUCUCUUAUGUACGUUCUGAUUUGUGUGCGUUUGCAUCUUUCGCUCCGUAUGAUGCAUAUUGCCCACUUGCCUCAUCGAAAGGUAGCCUUUGGCAGAAUCCAGUAUCUGUCCACUCUUUAUGAAUCCACGGCACGAUAAGACGCAACAGACGAGUUGUUGAAGAUGAAUGGCGGACCGCGGACGAUAAGACGGCAUGAAUUCUGAAAGGUACACUUCAGAGUUGGUUCUCUAUCUUUCUAGAAAUUCAGAAAAAGUCAAAACGUUUUUCAGCUGUUAGACACCACAUUCGUAUGUAAGUUAUGUUGCUCUGGACUUGAACGACUCUGUUAUCUGUAUUGAAAUUGAAAUCAUGAUGCUUAUGGAUUCCUUUUUCUUCUCGUCA